CUCCCACCAAUUCUUGUCUUUAAAUCACCAAAUUUAAAGGCAUAAAAUGGCAUCACAAAAUGCAUCUACUUUUGCUCUUCUCCUCACUCUAGCUCUUGCCAUCCAAGCCGCUUUCGGAAACAUUAUCGAGUGCAAGAAUUUGGAGAAGGAGUCGUGCGCGUAUGCGGUGUCGUCGACCGGGAAGCGGUGCGUGCUGGAGAAGCACGUGCAGAGGAGCGGGGCGGAGACGUACGCGUGCACGGCGUCCGAGAUCGAUGCGGACAAGCUGAAGAACUUUAUCGAGAGCGACGAAUGCAUCCAAGCGUGCGGCCUCGACCGGAGCGCGCUCGGCAUCUCGUCCGACUCUCUCCUCGAGCCGCGCUUCGCCAAUCAGCUCUGCUCCAACCGCUGCUACACCAACUGCCCCAACAUCGUCGAUCUUUACUUCAAUCUCGCUGCGGGAGAAGGAGUGUAUCUACCGAAAUUUUGUGAAGUGCGGGGAGCGAACACGCGGCGACAAAUGGCGGAAAUAAGAAGCUCGGGAUAUGCGACUCCAGCGGCCGAAGCACCCCAAGACAACUACGUUAGUUUUAUCGGCGAACCAGCACCGUCUCCUUUUACUUUCUAAAUUGGGAUAAAUUUCUUCACAAAUGUUAUACGAGAGAGAGGGAAAUAAGGAUAUACCAUGCCAUAUUUGUAAUACUUAUAUACUACUCCUACUAUACUAAACAUGUUAUACUGAAUUUUUAUACUAAUGUAGUGUCUGUUUUUAUGUUUCGUCUAAUUGUAUUUGAAUUGCAUACCAUACAUGAAUAAGAUAUCACCUUUUACAACUUUUUAAUUA